AUGGAGACAAAGAAGAGCUGGCAAGAACUUCUAUCCCAGUACCAUAUUAUCGAGACAUUCCAAACAUCAAAUUCGGCGCAGGAGCUUUCCGACUGGCUCAGCAACUUGCCAAACCAUCUGUACAAAUUUGUUCUGAGCCUCAUCAGACAGAUCCUCGGAACACUUGCGGAUACGGGAUUCAGCCCAGAUGGUACACAGUUCUUGGUUGCCUGGCCUUACAAUGGGGUGGUGAAUAGGUGUUUUCAUAUUCCGUUGUCUUCAUACAACACCUGGGCGCCAAUCCUCGCGGACUCAGACGACUGCGCAACAUUUGCAUACAUGACGAACGCUUGCCUUCAAUCUGGGGCCAUGACGUGUCGUGGCCCCAAUCCAAACUGGGACAAUCGAUUAUAUAUGCUUAAAACCGCAGUACUAUGUCCAGCCAGCACCGGCGCUUGGUCUCUUCGUCAUGAGCGUACAUACUUCUUCCAUAAAUUAGACAACAGCCUCUAUUGGGUGAAAGCUCAGAGGGAAGGAACGCAAAGUGGCGUGCCGGCGAGUCUUGUGAGACUUGUUUCUGCUCGAUCGAUACCUCAUGAUAUUAGGCAAAGAUUGAUAUUCAAAGAAGAGCGGAAGAAGGAGAAGAGAUUGCGCGAGAAAGAUCUUGCAUCUGUCCCAGCAGAGGUAGUAGAACUACUUUAG